AUGGGAAACGCGCCAGAAGACGGCAUGAACAUGGUGAUUGUUGCCCACUACAACAACUCGGGCAAGUGGGAGCGAUCCCGCGGUGGGAACGCAUGCAAGACUGCCGUGCUGCUCCUCAUCUGCGUUCUCAUUGUCUUGGAGAACCUGACUGUCCUGCUGGCGCUGUGGAGGAACAAGCGCUUCCACAGCCGCAUGUACUUCCUCAUCGGCAACUUGGCGCUAUCUGACCUUCUCGCCGGCGUGGCCUACGUGGUGAACAUCUUCACCUCAGGGAGCCGGACCUAUUUUCUGACGCCAGCCCAGUGGUUGGCACGAGAGGGGAGUAUGUUCGUGGCCCUAAGCGCAUCCACUUUCAGCCUCUUAGCCAUUGGGAUUGAGCGGCACAUGACCAUGGUGCGACUGCGCCCGUGUGAGACGGCGAGCCGCGGCCGCCUCUUAGGCCUCCUGGCGGCUUGUUGGCUGGUGUCAGUGCUGCUCAGCGCCUUGCCCAGCCUGGGUUGGAACUGCUUGGACAACUUUGGCUCCUGCUCAACCGUGCUGCCGCUAUACGCCAAGAGCUACGUGGCAUUUUGCAUCAGCAUCUUCAGCGCCUUGCUGGUGGCCAUCAUCAUCCUCUACAUCCGGAUUUAUCGUCUGGUGACAUCAAGCGGGCGCAGGGUCAGCAGCAGGCCUUCGGAGUGUUCCCUGGCCCUGUUGAGGACCGUGGUGAUUGUUCUCGGGGUGUUCGUGGUGUGCUGGUCGCCCCUCUUCUUGCUCUUGCUCCUGGACGUGGGCUGCACUCCCGAUGGGUGCCCGGUUCUCUACGAGGUGGACUGGUUCAUCGCCUUGGCCGUGCUCAACUCGGCCCUCAACCCUCUCAUCUAUACGCUGUCCAGCAGGGAGAUGAGGGCCGCCUUCUUCCGCCUGCUCUGCUGCUGCCAGAGCGCCAUAGAGUCCACUGGGACACCCGCAGCGGGUAACCCCAACCUGGGGACCGCGGGGCCCACCGCAGAGAACAGCAAGAGCAGCAUGGGGGGCGGGGGAGGAAUGGGAAAGACCAACUUGAACAGAGGUGUGAACGUGGACGUGAAGCACGGGGAUCCCUCCGCCACCGCACUGCCUCACCCGGCAGGACCUGCCGAGCUACUGUCGGCAGUACUGGUGAAGGCGGGGGCCCUCAGCAAGUUCUGA